UAUUGAUCUGUGAAUUGAUCUGUGUACAGAAUCACCAUGAACAGAAUAUUUAUUUUUAAUAAAUAAUUUUAUUUACCAGGAUUCAGCACUAUUUAUCUAGUGCAUUUUCUACGGAGACAGACGACUAGCCGUUUGUCCUUUGGUGCUAAAUUUUCUGAUUGCAGAUUUUAUGCUCUGAAUAUCACUUUAAGAUUAAAAACCGUUUGUGUUAUAUUAUUAUACUUACCUGAAAUGAACAAUAAUAAUGAGUGAAAGUUAUCCAGAAUUCUCAUCUUUAGAACAUCUCGAACAGUACAUUAAAAACUAUGAAACAGAACACUGUGUGCAACUAUGGAAACGGGAUAGUCGAACAUUAGAAAAGAUGAAAGCUGUGUGUCCUUUAAAGUUAAAAACUUACAACCCAGAAUUAAAAUACUAUAGCAUUGUUUAUGCAUGUAAAAAGGGAGGCAGAGCGUUCAAGUCCGAAAGUAGUGGAUUACGGAAAACUUCUACUUAUAAGGACAACUGCCCUAUGUAUAUUAAAUUGAUUUUAAACAAUGAUGGCACCAAACUUAAAAUUGUGCAUAUGGUAGAAAGCCAUAACCAUCCUUUAGACAGAGGACUGUUUAAAAAUAUACCAAAGCAAAGAAAAUUAAAACUAGAAGCAAAAAUCGAAGCAACAGAAAUGUCAUACAAGACUUGUAACCAAAAACCUGUACAAGUUGAAGAUUUGAAAACUACACAGUCUUCUACCCACAGGCCUAAUAGUGUAGAUACUAAAAGGAAAUACUCUCAAAGUGAUAUUGAGAAUGUGAUCAACUUGCUAAUGCAAGAUGAUGGUGCUGCUCAUGUAGCAAUGAAUGAAAAUGGUGACCUGCUUGGAAUUUUUCAUCAAACCCCAUAUAUGAAGAACUGUUUUGCUGCUUACCCAGAAAUAAUGGUGUUAGACUCGACACACAAACUCAAUAGUUCUAGUAUGCCACUCUAUAAUUUGAUAUCUAUUAAUGGUAAUAAUGAAGCGGAAGUGAUUGCAGUGUUUAUACUCUCGGAAGAUACAACCGAUGUUUUUAGACAUAUGGUGAGACUUUUCAAAGAGCUUAAUCCUGAAUGGAUCAAAAUAAACACAUUUAUGACAGACAAAGAUUUUGAGAAGAAAAUAGUUUUUUACAACGAGUUUUCAGAAGCUUCUCAUUUAAUAUGUUUAUAUCAUGUCUUUACACAUUUCCGCACUGCCGUCACAGUUGAAUCAAUGCAACUCAAACCUUUACAAAGGAAAAAUGUUCUAGAGAUUCUGCAUAACAUAGCUUUCUCAAAAUCCGAAACACAGUAUGAUGAAUGGUAUGAAAGACUCAUCAGCUUGAACAUCCCUAACGUAAUACAGUAUUACGACGACAAUUGGCACUGUAUAAAACAUGAGUGGGUUGAAUGUUUUAUGAGCAAACAUACCACAUUCAAUAUCGAAGCAAUAAACCAUUUAAGAUCUUUAAACCUAAAGAUUAAACAUGUUUGUCAAAAAUUUUCAGAUUUAGAAUCAUUUUUUGCUAACUUUGCGCUGAUACUAGACAGAGUCAAACUGAAACGACAGCAAACUGUUCAUGAUAUGGUAUUAAAAAAGCAAGUUUCCUUUCAUGAAACAGAUUCACCCGCAAACUUGUAUUUGAACUUAAUGACACCAUUUGCAUUCAGUCUGAUUAGUGAAUGCCUGGAAAAAGUUGAUGAAUUUGAUGUCACUACUGAUGAUUUUACGCAAUUCCAAGUUUGCGAGAAGGAAGACUGUGAAAACUUGCAUACAGUGGAAAUACAGCAACACAGUGCAAAGUGCUGCUGUUCUUUAAAUGUAGCCACAACAUUGCCAUGUCCACAUAUUUUUGCAGCAAUGUCAAUAUUGAAUAUGAAUCUUUUCGACAAAAAUCUUAUACCAGACCGUUUCUUAAAAUCAAAAUAUGUAGAGUGCUAUAGUAAUACAGACAUUCAUCAAGAUGUUGAAAUUAAAUCAGAGCAAGGUUCUCAAAGUGGUAUAAAAAUAAGAAAAGCCACGAAACGGACACUAAAUACUGAACAAAAAUAUACAAUAGCUAUGUCAAAAUGUGAAAAAAUUGCGUCAAUCAUUUCGAAAUUCAAUAUGAAUGACUUCAAAACUCACUGUAACCAUCUUGAUAACAUCAUUAAUCUUUGGAGGCGACGAAAACAAAUAGCAAUAACAAGAAAUAGAGCAAAAUGUAUAUGCAGAAGGGCAAAUAGUAGUAAAAUAGUCAUGAACAGGAAACAUAAUAUGCAGAUGUAAAAUGUAAAAAAACUAUUUAUGUAAAGGGACACUCCCCGCUGCUAAUUAAUCAUUGCCCCCCAUCAUAAUGGCAAGGCUAUGGUUUAAUCAUGUAUUCUAUGAUUUCAAAUGUUUGCAUCGUGCAAGCAACAUAGUUUUGCACAUUGCUUUGUUUAAAUAUUGAUGUUUUUUGUACGCCUUUAAAAGUGUUUUAUAAAAUACUAGAAGUAAAUAUUCUUAAAAGAUAAGUUACUUUUUAAUUCAUUACUUAUGGUACUCUCUGGCACAUUCUAACAUUUUCAAUGAUUUUGAAACUUUUAACAAAUAUUGUGGAUCACUCAAGUUCUAAAGGAUAAAAUUACUUUGAUUUAACAAAAAAAAAAUUAUCAUAAGAAAUGUAAAAAUAAUAGAAAAUUUUGCAUGAAAUCAGGAGUAUGAAAUAAAAACCACAGACCCGCUUAGAAUAUGCUUAUAUUUAAAAAUUAAAUUAACAAUUAUAAUAUUUAUAAUAAUAAUAAAUUUACAUUAACAUAAUAUAGCCACUUUGUAGAAAUUCUUCACAUAAGUAUACACAAUAGUUAAAAUUUUAUAUCAAUAUGAUAAAGUGAUAGGAGUGGAAAAAUCGACUCUGAUUUAAUAAAACUCAACGCGCGGAGCCACAUUCAAAUAUAUUUUUGAAUACAAUUAUCUUGCAUGAGCGAAGCAAGCGUAAAAAACCUAUAUUAUAUAGAUAAUUAACUACCUACCUAUAAAGAUUUCAAAUUGUAAUUCACAAGUUCAUAUCAUAAUAUAUUCAAAUAAAAAAAACAUGCCUAAUUUCUCUUAGCAGAGUUGAGUUAGCAGGCAUUUCUUAUAAAAAAAUUAUAUCAAAUUGAAAACCUACCUAAUAAUAUUAUGAUUAUAAUCUUCAGACUGGCAGUAGAUUGAAACAUUUAUAUAUCUUUGUAUAUUAAAUUGUGCUGUUUUAAGUAUAUAAUAUAUGAGUAGAUAGAUCCAUACAAAAAUAUUUUUUAGCUUGUUUUAUUCAAUAUACUUACUAACUUAUUUUUAAUUUGAACAGCAUGCAUAGAGAUCCUAGUAUAUUAUAUCCUAUGCAAUCCGUAUACUACUUUAAGCUCAAUACAACAAAAAAAAAACUAAAAAUGGCUCAAAACCCAAGUCCCAACCCCAAAAAUUAUAAAAUUGGAAAUAAAAAACGUCUUUGGUAAUAUAUUUCCGAUUAUAAUA